AUGAAUGUAUGUGAGGUAUCGAUGGAAAAUUCUGUCGUUAUUCUCAAUGAUAUGCGUCGUAAGAGUGAGCUCGAUGGUAAUUAUAGUAUGCCAAAUAAACGCCGAAAACAAGAAAUUAUUCUUCUUGGUCGUUCCAAAAUGGGAAAAACUACUAUUCAAAAUGUUAUUUAUGAUAGUCUUUAUUGUCCACCUCAAUCACAAAUACGUAAUUCUACAUUAGCACCCAUUGCACGACGAGUAGGUGGUUUAAACAUCAUUGAUACGCCUGACAUAUUCGACAAUCACAAUACUUUAAGUACCUGUCACGUAACUCAACAUGGUCUGGCUAUUGAUGGAUUUCAGAUUCCAUUUACUAGUGGUAAUCUUCCUUUAUUUGGAUUUGUAUUUAACAUUCGACAAGGAAUUAAUUCAGAAGAUAUAACAGCCAUACUCAAUUUCAAAAAGAAAUUUACUCGAUUCAGUCGAAAGAUGUUUUUGAUAUUGACACAUUGUGAAGAAAAGACUGAAAAUCAAAGAUUAGAAUUAAUUGAAGAAUUUUUCAAUCAUUCUCGUUUCAUGGAUAAUCAUGUACGUCAAUUCUUUGAACGUGGUGUUCUUUGUAUGGGUUGUAUACGACGUGAAUCACUUGAAAGUGGUAAUCGAAAAGCAUUGAAUUUCGAACAUAAUCAAGUAUUACAAAUGCGAGCUGAGUUCAUUCGACGAUGUCAAGAUAAUGAUAGUGCAAUUGUUAUACCUUUUACCUAUUCAUCAACAUCUCGAGGGCCAUCAUUUCUUCGACGUUACUGUUCUACUGAUAACUAUUGGUUCUGGUUUUUGUACAUAUUAAUCUGGUGUUCUAUUCCUAUGAUCUUAUUUAUUUAUGUUCAUUUUCCUAUACGUUGUGAUCAAAAAACUAGACUACCCAACGCAUGGAAAAAUUAUACGGAACAGAAUCAGUGUCCUGCAUUUUUCUAUUAG